ACUGAGAGAAGAAGAACAGGUGAGGGAGAGAGGGAGAGAUUUUGCAGCAGAAAGUGGAGAAAGAAAGGAGAGAAAAGGGGUACCCGAGCAAGCGGCUACCUAUUUGAUACCUGAAGUAAUUUAAUUGAUUACCGUUGGAUCAAUCUCAACGGCUGAAACAAAACACUUUAUGUGUCCAAGAAAAACGAGGCAUUGGACUAAAAACUCCAGUCAGAACUCGGACUGAUUCAUCAGCCGCUCACUCUCUCUCCCUCUCUCUCUCUUGUUUUAAGUGAUGGAUCAUAUAAACUAGGGAAGUCAGAUCUGCGUCGUUGUUUUCAGAGAAACACAUCUUCUUCUCGGCCCUCGCCAAUCUCCCAACUCCGAAACACACACACGAGGGAGGCCAAAUGGGCAUCAAAGACCACCUCUCUACCACUUUCGCCGAUUCAAUCCACGGCUGCGGCGGCUUCGUCGAGGCUAGUUCUUCUCUGAUCAAGGCCAGGAAGCCCACCGAUGUUAAAUUGGAUUAUUCUCACAUCACGGUUGAGCUUCGGACAGUUGAUGGGUUGUUGAAGGAUAGCACUCAAUGUGCUCCCAAUGGUUACUUCUUCGUUCCCGUAUAUGACAAGGUAUUAUUUCUUAUUCUUUUUCGGCGUCGGAUUUCGCUGGAUCUUUUGCAUUUCACGUGCUCUCAUGCUUCAGUGAUGAUGUUGUGUUGUCGGUUAAAUUAUCGGAGGAGAUGGCGAAGAGCCAUACACUUGGUGUUGCUUAGUUUCUGCAUCCAAAAUGGGUGUGAUCUCUUUAGCGUCACUUCCAUUAUUGUUUGACACAUAUUAAAGUUUAUGACAGUAAAAUUAAGAAAAUUUAAAUUUAUAAACACACUAAUACUUGAGGCACAGAGGGAUCACACUCAUUUUAAAUACAGAAGAUUUGAUCACUGAAAGAAGACCUUAUGGCUUAAUAUUAUCGAUUGUCAUCAUUUUUAAUUCGAUUCUUUUCUGUUAGCACAGAGGGAUCACAUUCAUUUUAAAAUUACCCCUUGUGAAUUUGUUUUUAUUAUUUUCAGUUAGUUUUGAUUCUUUUUGUUUAA